AUGGACUCUAAAAAUGUGCGGGUUGUUGCUGAUUGGCCCGAACCAUCUAAAGUGACCGAGUUGCGCUCCUUCUUAGGGCUAGCAAAUUAUUACCGAAGAUUCAUUAAAGGGUAUUCCAAGCUAGUCAACCCAUUGAUGGAUUUAUUGAAGAAGGACAUGUGUUGGGAGUGGGACAAAGCUCAACAAGUUGCCUUUGAUUUACUGAAGCAAGCAGUGACCAAAGAGCCGAUAUUGAAGUUGGGAAAGUUCGACCAACCAUUCGAGGUAAAAAUAGACGCUUCAGAUAGUGCUAUUGGUGGGGUGUUGGUCCAAGACAAACAUCCUAUUGCGUUUGAAAGUCAUAAAUUGAAGGAUGCUGAGACCCAAUACAGUACCCACGAGAAGGAAAUGACGGAUGUGAUCCAUUGCUUGGAAAUAUGGCGUCACUAUCUGUUGGGAACAAGGUUCACGGUUGUUACGGACAAUGUAGCCAAUACUUAUUUUCGAACUCAGAAGAAGUUGUCCCCAAAGUAA